AAUUCCCAGCCUCCGGUAAAAGAAAAAUGAAAAACUUGUCGCGAACAAAGUCUCCAACCACGAGAGACUACGCUCCGGCGCUAGGAGCCACUCGUCGCCCGUCGUCCCGCUCCUUUAAAUACCCUCCGUUCGAGCUUCCUACCGACUCCAUUCCAUUCCGCCCUGAAUUUUCCCAGACCCAGCCGCGGUUUCACCAAAGCCCCCGCAAGCCAGCCAGCGAGACCCCGUCGUCUACAAGUUGAGCAACUUGCUGCCGCCGCCGCCGCCGGUUUCCUCCCGAGAAGCUCCCGUGCUUGAAUUCGUAGCCUCCCGCGGUAUAUAUACAGAUCUGAUCGGCGUGAAGGCCAGCUGCAAGCAGAGGGCGCGUGGCAGGAUUUUAAGUGCUCAGAGCUCGGUCGCAGAGAGGGAGAAGAUACUAAGAGACAGGGUUGGGCUGUCGGUAAUGGCGGGCGAGAAGGGUACUGUGGGGUGCGAGCUGUGCGGGGGCGUGGCGGCCGUGCACUGCGCCGCGGACUCGGCGUUCCUCUGCGCCGCCUGCGACGCCAAGGUGCACGGAGCCAACUUCCUCGCCUCCAGGCAUCUCCGCCGCCGCCUCGCCGUCGACCACGCCGACCACGCGGACGCGGACGCCGGGUUGACGGACUCGGGAUCGGAAUCGUCGUCCUCGUCCUCCUCCUGCGUGUCCACCGCCGACUCGACAUCCGCGGCCGCGGCGCGGGGUGCCGCAGGGAGGAGGAGCAAGCUGCGGCAGCGGCGGCGGCGGCGCGCGCGGGCCGAGGUGGUCCUGGAGGGGUGGGCCAAGCGGAUGGGCCUCGCGCCGGGGGCCGCGAGGUGGCGGGCGGCCAGGGCCGCGGCCGCGCUCCGGGCGCUGGGCCGGGGCGUGUCCGCCUCGCGCGUCCCGCUCCGCGUCGCCAUGGCCGCCGCGCUCUGGUCCGAGGUCUGCGGCUGCGGCGGCGGGGAGGCGGGCGCGCUGCUUAGGCGGCUGGAGGCCGGGGCGCACGUGCCGGCGAGGCUGGUGCUCGCCGUGGCGUCGUGGAUGGCGGCGCGCACCGCGGGGGGCCGGGCCACCCAGGAGGGCUGGGCCGAGUGCUCCUGAGCCCAUUCCGACCCCACCGCGUGCACCGCUACAGGAUCGAGCCGAACAAGGAAGCGCCAGUCUCGGAGGAUAGAAUCAGACCACACGUAGAAAAAUCUUAAUUAAUGUAACAUGUGAGCAAAGUUUGUUGUUAAUUUGUUCUAUUUACCCUUCCUUAAUUAAUCCAAACAGGAUUGCGUACA